AUGAAGAAGCGCCUGCAGGCUGCAGUUCAAUUCGACACGAAGAUCCUCGACGCCAACAGUCGAGUGAGUCGAAUGCUCGACAACCUGAUACGAGUGCUCGAGGCAGAAGGCCAAGAGUGGGUCCUCGAUCAGGAGGGCAAGUUGGUGGCGAGUGACAUCACCGACGCUCUCAAGCCUGCGCCACUACAAGUGGCUAUGGCGAAGCAGUUGAAACUGCAUCGCAACAAGAACACCAAGACAGACUUGUUCGAGUACGUUAUGUUUUUGCGCAAGUUUGUUGCUGGCUACCAGCUGUACGGUGGCCUCGAAAAUGAGAAACCGACGAAACCCACGGACGAGAAACCAAGUGGCGCAUCAACUGCGUCGUCUGCUGCGCGUGUGGAGAAGGGAGAGCCGUCGGUGAAGAAACUAAUGGACGACCUCUAUCAGGCACGGCGUCGAAGUGUGAACUCAGUAAAGAGCCCGAAGGAAGCGAACAGCAUGGUGUGCCGAGCUACUGUGGAUGACGUGUUGGCUCUCCCAGGUGUGCUGAUUGACCCCGGUUCCGACGAGACGUUGGUGCCGGAGGGUGUUGCUGGCGCUGGAGCGCCACGGAGCUCGCCUCAACGCGGAGACGAAUCCAACCCUGACGUUGAAGCCAUACAGAAAAACAAGCAAGCCCCUCCGCUCUUGCGGGGACUUCAAGCUUGGGUCGAAGAAAAGAUUCUAGAAGUUGACGUACUCAUCGGACGUCCCAUCAUGGAACAUCUUGGGUUUUCAGUUUUCGCCAUGUUAAUCGACGCGUUGAAGCAGCGCCGCGUCUGGAAUGUGACCGACGUUGGUGUCGUCGGACAUGUGUCAUCAAGCGUGAGUCGACUGCAAGCGGCUCUUUAA